AUGACCCAGGUUUGGGGUGAAGGUAAGGCCAGGUUAGAGGGCCAAGGGAUGCUCAGGUUAGAGAGCAGGGAAUGGCCCAGAUUUGAGGGAGAAGGUGGGGCCAGGUUAGAGGGCCAGAGGAUGCUCAGGUUAGAGAGCAGGCAAUCGCCCAGGUUUGAGGGUGAAGGUGAGCCCGGGUUAGAGGGCCAGAGGAUGCUCAGGUUAGAGAGCAGGGAAUGGCCCAGGUUUGAAGGAGAAGGUGAGGCCAGGUUAGAGGGCCAGAGGAUGCUCAGGUUAGAGAGCAGGGAAUGGUCCAGGUUUGAGGUUUGA